CAUAUUUGAUUCAGACAACAAAAUAUUUGACAUUUCAUUAACAAAUACUCCACCCCCCAUCAUCAGACCUCUUCAUGUGGAGUAUAUAACUUAUGAGCUUCGCCAACUCCACCGAAUCAAAUUCAACAACACUCUUUACUUCUGCCUCUCUCAUUCUCUUUUUUCUGACCUUUUUGGUGGCUUAUCUCAUCUGGGCUCUGAGCAAUAUGGCUAGAAAUGGAGUUUUCUCUAGGCGAAGAAGGCCUGAAAGGAUGGAGGAAGCUGGUGAUUUGUCGGUUACUUCGUUAGGAUCACAUGAAGUUCAUGUUCUUGCUGUUGAUGAUAGCCUUGUUGAUAGAAAAGUUAUUGAAAAGUUGCUCAAGACUACAUCUUGCAAAGUUACAGCUGUGGAUAGUGGGAGGAGAGCUCUGCAAUUUCUGGGAUUGGAUGAGGAGAAGAGUUCCGUUGGAUUUGAUGGGUUGAAGGUGGAUCUGAUAAUCACAGACUAUUGUAUGCCUGGGAUGACUGGCUAUGAGCUGCUCAAAAAAAUCAAGGGUUCUUCUACUUUCAGAGAAAUUCCUGUUGUGAUCAUGUCAUCCGAAAAUGUUUUGGCGCGAAUUGACAGAUGUUUGGAAGAAGGCGCUGAAGAUUUCAUAGUAAAGCCAGUUAAAUUAGCCGAUGUCAAGCGUUUGAAGGAUUACAUGUUUGGAGAGGAUGGAAUUCUUAAACAAAAAGGAGGGUUUGGCAAGAGAAAAUUGCAAGAGACUUGUGUUGAUGAUCCGUUAUCAUCCUCACCAUCCCCAUCCCCGCUAUCUGAUCUCUCAUCAACUCCCUCACCAACACAAACUUCCACUUCCUCACCAUCAUCGCCCAUAUCAUCCUUGCUGUUGCCUUCAGCAGAUUCAUCGCCGACUUGCUCGCCUGUAAGGCUUGAUUCCCCAACAAGGAGGCUUAAAAUGAGCAACACCGACUGCUAAUAGCUGAUAGCUGAUAGCAGCGCAAAAGAACUUUAAAAAAAAAAAUUAUUUUUUUGAUUUCUUUUUACCCUAGGCAAGCUGGAGGCGCAUGGUUUACUACAAGUUUUUCUCUGUUUUCUGUUGGCUUUUGCCAUUUUUUGGGCCUAAUCGGCAAAGCCUACCCGCACCCUUUGCUUGUAGAUUUCUAUUGGCUUGCCAUACUCUUUUCGGCCUCGUUAAUUCUAUUAAUCAUGUUAAUACUGAUUAAAUUCUAGCAACCUAAUCUACGUGUUAGGACAUCUUCCUAAUUAUUAACUUUUUUUGUGAUUAGCAAUUAUCAUGUUGUUUUGUGUGGUUGCAAAAAUGUAAUUUUACCCAUACACAGCCAUUCAGGCUUCAAUUACAGAUGUUAGUCAGAAUGAUAUGUUGGCAUUA